CACCAUCUUUUCGUCACGCCUCGAACCAUUUCGAAUCUCAUCUCAAUGAAAUGGAGAAUUCAGAAAAAGAAGCCAAACUAAAAGGUUGAAGCCUCUUCGAAGUUUGAAAUGCUUAAGAAACGAUGUGUUUAGAGCUGCAAAUCCCUCUUAUUCCCUAUCAACACCACCCGUUCGUCCUUCUCAGGAAACCCUCCUCGAAUUUCUACAGAGGAAAGAGGUUUUUAGGGAGAUUCGCUGCUAGGAAGCCAAUGUGUGUCUCUAUGCUUAAGAGCCUCAGAUGGACUACUGUGGUUUUGGGUAUAUUGAACUUAAUUGUGAUUGUUCUUGGUGGGUAUUUGGUGAAUUCGGUUCUACCGGGUUGUGGGAGAGAUGUUCUUCCUAUCGUUGUUGUUGUGGUAUUUGCUGGCGUUAGAAUCAUGUCGAUGAUAGGUACUGGGAUUGCUCAGGAAGCUUCGGCGACAACAAUUCUUCGUUCACCUAGUGAGAGCUCUUUUGUUGAUUCGUUUAACCGCCAUGAAAGACGGAUGAGGUAUAAACGAUGGUUAUGUUGGACACGAUUUGCAAUGGUAGUUACUGUGUUACAACUUCUUGGAGCAACUUACAUGAUAUUUUCUGUGAGGAAAUUUGUUUCUCAUCAUGGAACAUCCAGUGGCUGCUUCUUAGGCAAUGGGCUGAAGCAAAAUUUACUGGUAGUUUUUCUGGUUAUGGUGUGGUUUAUGGUAGUACUGCAAUGUUUCACCGGAUCUGAUGUGCUAAGAUGGAGGUCAUUUUAUGCAACUCAUGACAAUGCAUGGAAAGCUCAUUACAGGGAGGUAUUUGAUCAUGGAAUUCGUGAGGCUUUAUGCUGUCUGGGACGUGUCAAAUACUUGAGUGUCUUGGAGGAAGAUGAGGUUUAUUCAGUUGCACGACUAUUGGGUGAUCUUGUUGCAUAUCGUGCGACAGGCACUGGACAUUUGGAACUGUUGGCAGGAUUUGCUUUAUUGCAGAGGCAUGGGCAGUCUUCAUGCUCAUAUCAAGAGCUGAUGGAAGCUCCUAGAGAACAGAUUCAGGAGGCUGCACUAUUUCAUCAAUUUGCUGAAGCUGCCUACACGGGUCCAUUACUUGAUUUUGGAAGAAAUCCUGUCUUAUUUCCUUGUUCAUGGUUCUAUAGGCAAGGGGUUUUCACCCCCUGGACUCGUAGCAGGAGGCCAGUGCUUGAAGGUGAUAACUGGUGGCGGGGCCAUGCAGCAGCUUUUCUGAAAUAUGUUAAUCUAUCCCCGGAAACACUUAAGCAGGGACGUGUUAGUCAGGCAAAGCGUGAAGCUGCUUACUUUCUUGUGGUUGUUCAUCAUAUGAGAUCAGUAGUCAUUGCUGUACGUGGAACGGAGACUCCUGAAGACCUUUUAACUGAUGGGUUAUGCAGGGAAUGCACCCUUUCGGCAGAAGACUUGGAUGGGCUGAUAAAUGGCGAUCAUGUUAGAUUGGAUGUGAAGCAAGCUGUGGUCUCAUCUUUUCCUCACUAUGGACACUCGGGAAUUGUUGAGGCUGCACGUGAACUUUACAUGCAAAUCGAGGGAAACCCAAGAAAUGAAGAAAAUUCUUCUGGGGCCACCGGACUGCUUUCUUCACUACUGGGAGCUGGUUGUGAGUGUGAUGGAUACAGUAUUCGAAUUGUGGGGCAUUCUCUUGGAGGUGCUAUUGGCACACUGCUAGGAAUUAGGUUAUAUCGUCGAUACCCAAACUUACAUGUAUAUGCUUACGGGCCGCUUCCAUGUGUGGAUUCAGUUGUAGCGGAAGCAUGUUCGGAAUUUGUUACAAGCAUCCUUUACAAUGAUGAAUUUUCAUCGCGCCUUUCAGUUUGCUCAAUCUUGAGGCUUCGAGCAGCAGCCAUCACAGCAUUGUCUCAGGAUUCUGCAGCUGAUUCAGCCAUGAUUUGCAACCUAGCCCGGCGGGUUUUGUAUCCAAACAACUACUGUGGGAGUGAGGCAGAACCGAAUGUUUUGAGUCCAUCUUUCCGCCCUGGAACCCUGACAAUUGAGGAAAAUAAUCAUAUGUACAGGAGGAGGCAUCUUAAAUACACAAUUAAAGGUGGGGUGUUUCUAUGUAUUCACACAAUAUUUUGCAUGCUGAAAAUGCCUGAUUAUCACAACAAUUGUCUCAAAAAGGAUAAGAAUUUGAAGCUGACACUGAAUGUCACUUUUGAACCUCAAGGAGUUUCUAAUGAGAAGAGCACUGCAUUAACUGCAGGGAGUGAACGGGAUCCAGAAUUUCCUUUUCAGGAUGUGACCGAGUUAACUGAAAACCCAGCUGUUGAGAUUCUAAAAGAGGAUUCUAAUGAACCUAGCCACAGUGAUCAAGAUGAUACUCAAACCAAUCCAUUAUUUGAGAUGGAUGAUGAUGUAAUUUUAAGUGAAGGUCCUGUAUCUCAAUUUAUGGAUGCCGUUCCUUCAUCCAAUGAUGUGCCUGUGGGAGAUCCGCAGGAGGUGUUUUUACCAGGCCUCGUCGUUCACAUAGUACCACAGCAGAGAAGAAGUUUUUUUCCUUUAUGGAGAGGCUGGAGGGGUCAGGAGGAUGAGCAGUGUCUUAGAGCUUACAUAGCAAACAGGGAGAACUUCAAGGAUAUUAUCGUGUCACCAUCCAUGUUCCUCGACCAUCUCCCUUGGAGAUGUCACUAUGCUAUGCAGAAGGUACUGGAGACCAGAAUGGCUCCAGAUCAACUUGAUGGAACUCAUAUGGUGUGAACUUGUGUUGAGGCCUUGCAGGACUGACAUGACGCGGACUUGCUUUUGACUGUUGCUUUAGAUGGACUUGCUGGUCUUGACAUUGUAGUUGUUAGGGAUGCCAUCAUUGGUUCUGAGGUUGGUCAUAAACAUGCUCCCUCAUACCCAAGUAAUAUAUUGAAGAAGUAAAAAAGAAGGAUAAAAAGGAAGAGAGCAUUGGGGUUUCUAUUGGAACCCCCAUUCCCCUGGUUA